AUGGGUUCAACCACAUCAACACUUCGAGCUUCGACCAUAAUUCUCCUAGCGUUAACACCCCAAGCGCUAGCGGCAGAUGGUGCCGACUUCUCGAACAAUUUGUUCUCCGACCUGGCCCCCGUUCUGGCUCUCUUCGGAGAGCAAGUUUCCAAACAGUUCCUGUCCCAGUCCUUGACUUGGCUGGAGGACGUGAUAUUCGCCAUGGCGCCAUUGGGGAUUGUAACGGCAAUAGUAAGCGCAGUACGAGUCGGUGGGCCAAACUGGCUUAAGGCAAUUGUCGGGAGGGCUAGGGAAAGCAGGGCAGUCGCAGAGGUGGAGCUCAUGUCCUCCACCUCACACGAGGUGUGCGAACUUUGGAAUGGGGAGGCCAUCGUUCGGGUCAUGGGUUCUCCGGAGGUUGCCGAGAUUCUUUAUUUCGAGGAUGAGACGGAUGGACAGGGAGGACCUAGGUUUCUUACAUUGGAGGCGGCUAAAGUAGCUGGAAUAUUGGAAAAUGUUGAAGAAUUGAAGAGUGACCCAAACCUGCAGGGAGAUGCUUCAAUCAGCGCCCCUAACAUAUCGUUGAACAUCUGCGAAGCCAACGAACAGGGAGAGUUAUGGCUAUUUGCUAUUCUAGGAAUUGUGCUUCAAUUCGGUUGCUUGAUCUUUAUUGGAAUCACCCGCUAUCACCCCACGAUAAAUUGGAAGGACCAAAAUUCGGAAUACGCUUACCCCCUUAUGGCAUCCGGGACUCUGCUUGUAGUUAUGGGGAUGAUGGCGUGUUCGCGCGCAGUGCAGGCCUCAUCCGAAGAGGAUAUAUGGGUGUCGAAGAGGAGCUUUAGGAUUCUAUGGGUGCAAAAGAGUUCGCGGGUUAAUGAUCAGCACUUCGGGUCAUAUGCACUAUUUGGGGACGGGGAACGCAAGAAACUUAUCACGUCUCGUAGAGCUUACAAAUACUCCUCGCGGAACUUACUUAGAACUCUAUCUAUCGUUGGAUCAUUCGUCUGCAUUGCCGGCUUUGUCACCCAGUUUGUCGGACUUCGUGCUCUGCAUUGGUCAGCCUCCGUCGCACAAUUGGUUGUGACAUUGGCAAUGACUGCUGCGAGAACCUGGAUUCGUCGAAAAAUGUCUGAGCGUCCACGAGCCAUGACGCUGCCGGUUGACAAAGAUGGGCUCGAUGGGCUCACCCUGACCUUUGGGACAUCGCCAGAUAAGCUAUGGGGUGCAGAAAACUCUUCUAUCCGACAAAAUUCCAAUUCUAACUGGGAGGUGAUAACCCCCCAUAAGUAUCUUGGAUAUGAGGAUGCUCAGGAGGCACAUAAUGCCCCUUAUAAAGACGCACAAAAUAUCAUUAGGAUGCGAAUGGAGCUCGAGCAUUCUACGAGUUGGAAAGGGAGCUCGCAUUCCUUUGUACAGGAACUAGACGCCUGCCUUCGGUCUUUGCUGGCCUGUCUUAUGGGCUCAAAGGAUAUAACUCUUGUCGACAGCUUCGAGCGUUCCGAAGUUUUUCGUUGGGCAAUGCCAGUCAAAGUCGAUAGGGUAGUGCAGUGCAUAACUAUGACUGCCGAAAAGAGUUAUCCAUCCACAUGGAUUGUGAAUGCAUCCGAGCUUCGCGCCGUGAUCUCCCUUUGGUGUUACGGAGAGAAUCCGUCGCGCAUUAAAAAUCCCUACAGGCUUCCUUGCCUCGGGGAUGACCCUCGGGCGGUCUUACGAGUACUUGGGCCGGCAACUCACCGAUUCAUUCGUGACUGCGAGCGGUGGGUGGAUAGGGGAGGAUUGUUCGCGGUGGUGGAAAAUGGAAAACUGCGGGGCAACACAAAUCAAGUGCGAGUAACAGCGCAGGUGCUCUCCGAGACGAUUGCCCGCAUGAGGGGUCAUACCGAUGAUACCACGGGCGGGGUCGACAUGUAUUUCAUUUUAUGCGAUCACGUCCUCGGGACGGAGCCAGUCGAUAGCGACGGAUGUAAUAAUUCACUCACUCUCGUAUCCACGGUCCCGCUUAGACAAAUGUGCGCUCAAGAGAUAUUAUCUUCGUUCUUGUGGGCAAUCGUUGGUACUGUUCUCUCCAUCAAUGGCGAUACCCAAUCCCGAAGCGCAACUCCCCUAGGGGAUCAUGAAAGCAUGAACGACGAACGGCCCGGCUCCAAGCUUGAAAAUUCCUUUUUCCGAGAGCUGGCCGCGAUAAUCACGAAUUCAGGGGUAACCAGUAACAUCCAGGAUGCUUAUGCACUCAUAAUUCCACCUUUCGCUGCUGCUGGCAAGCUCCCCCGAGGGCCCUCCAGUGAGUUAGCCCAGGACGAAAUUGAGUCGAUCUGA